UAGUCGCUCGUCAACGUUUAUGGCACAAGGGCUGGCAUUCCAUUCAAUGCUUAGGACUAUAGACAAUAUUCUGAUAAAAUAUUCUCACUUACUCAAGGAUACGUCGAAACGAAAAGAAACGCAACGCAACUAAACUAAACAAUUAUUUUACAGCGUAAUUAAAUUGGUUUAUUGAUUGAAAAUUUCUAAAAUAGUAUAUUUUUUUCAUUUGAUUUGUUUUUUAAACAUGGCUUGUCGUUUAUCAUUUCUAAAAGUCUUGCUUAUCAUAUUAAAUGUGCUACUCUCGCUAAUUGGUGUCUCAUUAAUUGCUUUAUCCGUAUAUGAGUUGAAUAGCUCAACGCCUGGCACAUUCGAACAUAUAGCCAUUAUAGUACAGAUCUUUGUCGGCUCAUUUGUGGUAUUGACAUCGUUUUUGGGCUGUUUUGCUGCUGGUCGCGUUUCCCUAGGCUUGGUCUGGAGUUAUGUCAUUUGCCUAUUGAUCUUGCUCUGCUUGCAAGUGUAUAUCAUAGUGGCGGCUCAUUCCACAAAUUAUGUAGAUCGUGCCAGAAAUGAUUUCUUAGCCCUAUGGUCGGAUCCCAGACGCAGUAGCGAACGAUUGUCCUACAUUGAGCAAAAGUAUUCCUGCUGCGGUCAGGGUGGUCCUCAGGACUAUAUACUUCUGGGUGGUGGCAUUCCAAUUAAUUGCUUUGAAAAUCUGGAACGUCAGCAGAAUAAACUCUUUAGCAAUGGUUGCCUGGAGGCUGUUCAGGCCCAUGCCACCGAUAAUGUAAUCAAUGGACUAAUUAUCAAAUGGCUUCUCCUCAUCGUGGAACUUGCCUCUUUGGGUGCCGCCACAUACUUGGGCAUCACAGUGCGCAACAAAUUGCGUCGCGAGAGAUUCUAAAAAAGGUUUAACCCAACUCCCACUCCCCCACCCCGCAUUAAGCACCACACCAGACAAUUUCUCACUCAGUUAGUUAAUUGUAAUGUAGCAUCACCAAGUUUCAAUUGAGAAAAUAAAUGAUCAGUAACCAAAAAAAAUAAAAACACCUUAAAUUAAUUUGGCCAGAUGGAAAACUAAUUCAACCAUAUACUCGCAAUGACCAGGGAGACAGUAGCGGAUUUAAUAUUAAAUGUGACUAUUAUGGUUUUUUGAUUUGUUUUAGCAAGUAAUUGAAGUAAUACUAAAAUCGGCAAGAUAAUGUUUUUUCCCUGAAAAUUUGAAUUUGUUAAACAAUUUCUUAAGAAAUCAUAACUUUUGGUUUAUUUUGUUAGAAAUAAGUACUUGCUUUAAGGCUUUAUUAUUUUAAAUAAAUUCUAUUAUGACAA